AUGCUUAGUAAAAUUAUGUUCGAUGUUAACAUCAACGUUGGCUAUUCUUUACAACCAAAUAGAAGCGAAUAUUUUGCGCACAACAUUUUAAUAUUAGCUGAUCUAUCGUGUCAGGAAACAAAUGUGUUUUUGAUAAGGGCCAGCGCUCAGGGAUACUUCAAAUCACCAUACAGAUGGCUUCUUUUAAACACAGAAGGAAACAACUUUGAUGUAUUGGAUCAGCUGGAUAUGCCACUCAACAGUGAUGUAGUAAUUGCUAAUAUUGGCUUUGAUUCAACAGUUUUCAUUGAAGCUUACAAAAUACGAGAUAAUUCGGAAGUAAUUCUUUCGACUAGAGGCGAAUGGCGGACUGCCAGAACAGAAUUAAAUUUUAAUAAAACUUUAAUUAUUUACGAAAAUGACAAAGAUGAAAAUAUAAUUCGAAAAGACUUGGCGUUUGACGUUAAAAUAUUAUCAAGAAGACGGAGUAAUUUACGACAAUACCCUCUCACAAUGGCGAAUGUUAUCACCGAUAGUAAUAAUACUAAACAGCAUUUGGAUGACAGGCUAUACUUACACCAAGAUUCUAUAACAAAAAUGAGUUACAUGGUUGUCAAGAUUUGCUUUGAGAUGCUGAAUGCAACUGAACGCCUGAUUUUCACACCCACCUGGGGAUACAAGGAUAAGAAUGGAAACUGGCAAGGAAUAGUGGAUCACCUCCUUAAAAAGGAAGCAGAUCUCGGUACAUUAACAAUAUUCACCCAAGAGCGUAUGAAAGUGGUUGACUACAUCGCUAUGGUGGGCUCAACGGCAGUUCGCUUUGUGUUUCGUGAACCUCCUCUAUCAUUACUUCAGAAUAUCUUCACUCUUCCUUUCACGGGUGCUGUGUGGAUGGCAAUUGUAGUAUGUGUGCUGAGCUGUGCACUCUUCUUAUAUAUAGCCUCGAAAUGGGAGGCUACUGUGGCUAUGCACCCAAUGCAGUUAAAUGGAUCCUGGGCUGAUGUUCUUAUAUUAAUCAUUGGCGCUGUACUGCAGCAAGGAUGUACCCUUGAACCGAGAUACGCUGCAGGCCGUUGUGUCACAUUACUUUUAUUCGUCGCAUUAACAAUUCUCUACUCAGCAUACUGUGCCAAUAUAGUUGUGCUACUACGAGCUCCAAGUUCAUCUGUUAGGAGUCUACCAGAUCUUCUAAGCUCACCGUUGAAGCUGGGAGCAAGUGACUUUGAAUACAAUCGUUAUUUCUUUAAGAAACUGAACGAUCCUAUCAGAAAAGCAAUCUACGACAAGAAAAUCGCACCCAAGGGAAGGAAACCAAACUUUUACAGCAUGAAAGAUGGUGUAGAAAGAAUACGGAAGGGCCUUUUUGCAUUCCACAUGGAGCUGAAUCCUGGAUAUAGAUUAAUUCAAGAAACAUAUAAAGAAGACGAGAAAUGUGAUCUUGUUGAAAUCGAUUAUAUUAAUGAAAUCGAUCCUUGGGUUCCCGGCCAGAAGCGAUCGCCAUACAAGGACUUGUUUAAAAUCAACUUCAUCAAAAUCCGCGAGACCGGUGUACAAGCCGCCAUACACCAUCGCCUGCAUGUUGGAAAGCCACAUUGUUCGGGGACCAUUUCCGCAUUUAGCAGCGUCGGCUUCAGUGACAUGUAUCCAGCUAUUAUCACCACACUAUACGGAAUGUUACUGGCACCAGCUGUGCUCGUGCUGGAAAUAAUGUAUAAGAGACUGUAA